AAAAACCUCAAAAAAGCAGCGAGUGGCAUGAUUUUCUUUUGAUGUGAGGGCGAACGAUAAAAAUGCAAUAUUUUUUGACGUGGUCAAAGCAGUAGGACAUGUUCUUACUUCACUCGGAGUUUUAAUAUAGCACAAACUGCUUUCACAAUGGGCGAGACUACAGCUGGCUCGCCCUCCAUUCCGGACGAUCCCGAGAACGGUAGCGAUCCAGUGAAAAAAACAAAUUACUAUGCAGCACUAGGAGAUGCCGCCGAAGAAACCAGGCCGACACAGGAUGCAGCAGUGCUUAUGGCGAGAAAGAACCGGAAAAAGUUCAAAAAGCUAAAAAAGCGUGCGGGUCUCGUGGUGGUGGCAAGUGAACGUUCGGGCCUCUUGACGAGAUCCGAGUUCGAGGAAUACCAGGAGCAGCUACUCAAAUCGGAGAAGGAAGAUGGCGAACAACAGCAGCAGACCGAAGCCAGCGGCAAACGGGCGUCGGAGCCACAGCCACCGUCGAAUUUUUCUCUCYCGCCAAUCGGUACAUCGAUCAGUGUAAGAAAAAAAUGCGUUGGGAUAGAAUCGGUGGAGGCAGCGACACACCGCGAUCUACUGUGCUGGCUCCUCCAGCAAAAACUGGAUGAGAAUAAGCCACAGCAAGGCUCGAAGUCGUCAAAGAAACGCCGCAGAGACGAGGAGGGCAACGCAAACGAAUCCCAAAGUGGACAAUCUUCGACGCCAAAAGAUAAUGCGGUCUCGAUCCCACACUGGGCCUCAAUCCACAACCCCGGGGCCUGCGAGCAGGUUGCCGUAUUGGAGAUCAACGUUCCCGACGAAACGAUCGAACCGUACACGCGGUUUUUGAAAUCGUUGAGAAGCAACAGCGGCAGCGAUACGACAAAAGACAAGGGAAGCUGCAACGGUGAUAAUUCAAUCACCGACGUCGACAGCGGUUCUCGUCGUUGCUUUCCCCACUCCCAGGUAGGUGUCGGCACCAAGUGGUUUCAAGGUUACAUGCCGAAAUCUAUGUCGGAAAGUUUGAUGUACUUUUCCAAUACCAAAAAAGACUCUAAAAAGAAAGAAAGCGAGGAAGAGACGAUAAUCCCUUCAAAGAAAGAGUUGAUAGAACGCCUGGAGGCGAUGUUGCUUUCAGCGGAGGAAAUGGAUGAGCAAGGGUAUCCAAAGUCCAUGUCUUCACCCAAUGACACCCAAGGUAAUCAAAACGAUGCUGCGCCAACAACAGAAAAACUCGAGCCACCGGCCAAAAUUCCAUCGCAAACAGCGAAAGACUAUGUCACAGCAUUUGGAGUGAGGAUAGAAGAGCAAAAUAUAGAAGACAAAAGCUCCUAUAUCGAAACUCCCAGCAACAAACCCAGUAACGGUGGUGGUGCCAACGAAGAUCAUCAUCCGGCUCGCGUGUUCGGAUUGGAUUGCGAAAUGGUCCAGACGAAACUCGGAAAGGAGCUAGCCCGAGUCACUCUUCUGCAGUUCGAGGAAUUUGUUGGGCCACAAACCAGUUCCAAGACCACUGUAUUGCUGGACUGCCUCGUGCGCCCCACCAAUAACAUUGUCGACUACCUGACAAAACAUUCCGGGAUCACACCGAAAUUGCUGGAACCAAUUUCCACGAGACUGGAGCAAGUUCAAUUUGCUCUGGCAUCGUUUCUGACACCAAACGAUAUUCUCAUCGGACAUUCUCUGGAGAACGAUCUCAGGGCGAUGCACUACAUUCACCCCCGGGUGGUUGACACCUCCAUGAUCUUUCGCCCGUCCAACAAAACCAAGGGAUUCAAGUUUUCGUUGCGUCACUUAUCGUACACUUUGUUGAAGAAAAAGAUUCAGAGCGGAUCUCAUUGCAGCGAGGAAGAUGCCCAGACAACCCUCGAUCUUGCGUUGUUAAAGGCUCUGAAAGGAGAUGCUUUGCAAGUUCCCGGAUUCGGAGACGACCAGCGGCAAUCCCUGGUUCAGCAAAGAUUCGUAAGAAAUGGUGUUGCUGCAUUCAUCGGCCCGACUUCGUGGCUCGAAACCCACGUUACCAAACAUCCAAAUGGCGCACAUGCUCUGAGUUAUGAUGUGGCGAGCGAUGUAAAAAAGGCAAUGCUGGCAUGGAUGACCAAUAGUCGCAAGGCCCAUCUAAUCUGGUCAAGACUAGAAUUCAGAGGCAAAGCUAACUCGAAUUCUGGUUCCGAUUCGUCCAUUAAAAUCUUUCAAUCACUCGUGGUGAGUUUUUGAUAUCCCGCACCGGAAAACGAUACUUAUCCACUUUACUGUUGCUAACAAGUUGCUCUCCUAUUACUGUAUUUCCUACAUGUUUUUUAGACGGCACUAGUCGAAAAAAUGCCUCCAAGAUGUGUCCUUAUGGUUGCCAUUCAAGGGGAAUUACAGAAAACCAAAGAUAUGUUCAAACGGAGAGGCGCUUGUCGCGAUCCGAGGGCAACCAUUAUAUGGUCCGAGCAUGAUGAGGAAGCAUGGAAAGAGCAGCUGAAUUCAACAAGAACUGGUUACGUCCAUUGGUUCAGCGCAUCAAUAGACAAAAACUGAUAUUAAGUUUGAAAAAAAUACUUUCUCUCUCUAGCCUGUAGAGCUAAAAUCAUAGUUUGAAUUCUCUUCAAAUACAUUCAUACAUUACUU